AUGGAAGUGAGCGUAAGAGAGCCCGAGCAGGUUAUCGCCAAUCUCGACAAUCUCCCCGCUUCUCGAAAUCGAGCCUUUAAAGAUGCAUUCAGAGUCGAUGCGCCAAAGGUGGCAGAAGAUAAAGAGGCCAUGAAAGUCUUCAAGGCCCUCAUCGCAAAGCCGCUCCAGUAUCCGAACGAAUUGGCGACGAAAGCGAGUAUGGAGGAGCAUCUACGUGACAAACGACGUCAGGCAGGUCUUAGCAUUGUUUGGAACCAAUUCAACAAGAAGAUUCGAGACUGGACAGAGUGUUUUAGUCUGAUGAAGCGCAUAACCCCCCAAUGGAGCGAAAGGGCCAACAUGUCGGCCGUACGAAUAGUCCUACCAAAAUCGUGGGAUAUCGAGGUCAAUAACCAGAAUCUUGCAUAUGUCGAUUCUGCGACAGGUGUUCUUCGAAAGUUACGAGCGGCGGUUGAUAGGAAUCCUUCUGCGAUUGUGCUGCGUGGACAGAGCAAGAUCCUGGUCAAGGUCGCUGAUGAGAUUGUUCGACAUUGUAAAGAAGCUGAAAUCUACGAGUUGGGAGAAGUCGCAUCAUCGGAUUACAGGACGAGACAGCUGUGGCCAACGAUCGAGAAUGCGCCCAAUGGAGGUGCCUCCUUGCCAGAAGAUCACUCAAACGAAAUCUGGGUGCAUAAAGAGUAUCAACCACAUUUUAUCACGGUGCCAUACGAGAAGAUCCCACGGCCUGCAGUAUGGACCCAGGACAGUUUUGAACAAUAUAUUGCUACACUAUGCUACGGUAAAAUACCGGCGCAUUUGGCAAUUCCCUUUUAUGGCGAGCGGCGUGUAAACGGAAGAUUCAUCGAUACAGAUGGUAUCAGGGUCAGGCUCGUUGUCGAUGCUUUCCAAGACCGUACAGCCAGGCCAUUUAUCACAGCCCCUGUCUUGAAGAUGGCCAUCUCGAUGAUGGCUUUCCGAGGUGGUCAUCGCGCCUCAGCCAGUCACCUCGUGCAGCUGGGUGAGGAAUGGGGUACGCCAAUGGAUACUGAUAUGUACAAUAUCAUGCUUGAGGGCUACGUCCACAAGCAUGACAAUGGCUUCUUCUACGGCUUCCUUCGAAGAAUGCAGGCACGAUACCACCACCCUAACAUCCGGACAUGGUUACUAUUCCUUCAACUUAUUAAGGGAGAAGACGAACGGAGACAGGUCAUCGUGGCCAUGUUCCAGUUGGGAAUGUUCAAUCAUGCUGCUACGCGUCGUGGUAUUGCCGAUGUUAUGGCUCCUAUGGAUGCAUACGCUGCCCUCAAGGCCGGAACUCCUUUAAAAACAUUCUUGGCUGAACAAAAUGAACGUUAUAGCAAGGGCUGGCUGGCUGCCGAUGGACUCAACGGCAUCAUCACCGAGUUUCUCCGCUUUCACCGCCCAGAAGAUCCUCGAAUUGAAGAUUGCAAAACGUUGGUGGAUAUGCAUAUGAACUCGGGUCAUCGACUUGAGAUGAAGACUAUCAACAUCUUCAUCAGACAUGCUGCUCUGGCUCGAGAUUGGGACACUGCUUUCUGGGCACUGGGUCUUUGCAAGAACACAAACUGUGAGCCAGAUCAAGACACAUAUGCCAGCCUCAUGUCGCUCGCGAUUCAAACUCGCUCGCCACAUGCCCUCGGAACCAUCUACUUCUACGGAGUCCUCAAUCGCAAGCUCAAGAAGAGUUCGCGACAGAUGCUCAGUAGGAUACUUCUUCGUACACAUCGCGACCACUUCUGGAGAAAGGUUCAGCACCAGCCAGGUAUAUUUCCAAGGCAGGCCAUCCCUGAGCUUCAUUAUAGAAAGAUUCGAAAUUUCAGAAACGUUAUGUCUCGUGUUGAGCGUGUCGUUUUGGAUAAAUGGGCGGGCUACGUACCAACCAAAUCCCUCGAGCGCUCCCUCGAUCUCGCCUAUCGCUCCAACGAUGAGCCUAUGCACCGCCAGAUCCGUACUGGUCAACCUAUUAAAGUGCAGGACCUCAUUAUCAAACUCCGCAGGGCAGACGGUCAACCAGGUAACAUCAAUGUGCGUCUCAAAGGUCGUUUUGAUCCAGCACGCAUGAUCGAGAACUGGAAGGGGAUUGAGGCCGAGUCAGACGAACAGGAAAGUCACGAUACAGAGGAGCCUGACAGUUGGCCUGAUCUUGACACACUCGAAGGCUUGCCAACAGAACACGAAACCACCCCCGAGGGCGUAAAUGAUGUCCGAGAUACCUUCCCAGGGGUCGAAGACCCAGAUCCUUCCUCCAAGACGCAAUCGGAAGAUCUCGCUUCGAAACUUACAGAAGACCACGGAAUCGACAAGGCAUAA